AUGCCACCACGAAUCGUUUCGCAAAGUUUUCAUUUAGCACAGUCCUACGUCCAAGCUUCUCGAUCACUCCAAGGCUACGUCCUUGUACCGCGUCGCAGUCUACAUAAAGCUCGUCCCAAACCAGGUUCAUCACUUUGCGUGCAGCAAGCAUACAUCCGAAGAGUGCACUCGAGUUCUGCUGGUCAAAUUCCAGGGACCUUUGACAGUGGUCUGUCAGGGGGAAAUAGUGCAGAGUCAUCCGAAGAACGACACUCAUCGAAUAUUAUUCACGAUUACGGUCAAAUACUGAAGGACUUCGAACGUAUAAGCAGAGAUGUUGAUGACAAUGAGAAUUCUUGGAAAGAGCUGAAGAGCUUGAAUAAGUCAUGGCAACAAAGUGGUGAUGGGGAAAAGAACGUCCAAAAGAUAAAGAUUUUUGGAUAUGUCACCAGCCAUCGGCCAGCGAAGAAUGCUUACUUCCUUCAACUUGUCGACGAUAACCUAACCUCUACUGUGCAAUUGGUCCUUAGCAAGAAAGAUUCUGCGACUACAAUUGGCAAUGGACGCGCGGAAGAGGGGGAAUUUCAACAGCAAAUUGCGGUCAUCAAACCACACACACCUGUGGUCGUAGCUGGGACUGUUGUACCACGAAACAACUCCAAAAGAGGUACAGACGCCUCAGACGGGGCUACACGGAAGCUUGACCCUUAUGUUGGCUACGUUGACCUGCUACCUAAUCUUGAGAUACAAGUGAAGCAGAUCGAGCCGCUGAAUACAUGGCCCGACGAUUUGCUGGCCGAGGCAGAUACUCAAUUUCCUCCUGAACAGCGAAAUCUAUCCUUUCGAACCAAGAACACUCUACGUGAAAGGAUACGACUACGAUCAAGGUUGCGUGCGAAGUGUGCACAACACCUUAACGGACAGGAUUUUCAUGAGAUUGAAACACCAUUGUUAUUCAAAUCAACACCAGAAGGUGCUCGAGAGUAUCUUGUGCCCACGAGGUACAAAGGUCUCGCUUACGCACUUCCUCAAAGUCCGCAGCAGUAUAAGCAGAUUCUGAUGGGAUCUGCAGUGUCGAGGUAUUUUCAGUUUGCUAGAUGCUUUCGCGAUGAAGAUCUCAGGGCUGAUCGACAGCCAGAAUUCACUCAGCUCGAUCUGGAAAUGUCUUUUGCUGGCAGCCGUAAGGUUAUGUCGACCAUAGAGAACCUCGUACUGGAUACGGUAUGGCCUGCAGCAGGUCGUGCACAUUUGCUAGACCUUCCAUCUAGACAAGAUCCUCAAAUGUUACGGUUACCAGUGAUGCAGUACCACGAAGCGAUGUCCAAGUUUGGCUCCGAUAAGCCCGAUCCUAGAUGGGGAGCAGAGAUUCGUAGUGUCGACUUUGUCCCUGACAGCACGAAAUCUAUGUUGAGCUCGUUGCAAGAUCCAAUUGUCGAUGUUUUCAAGCUCAGUUUAGGUGGUCAAUCACCUAGAGAAGUUGGUCGAUUCAUCAGUGAAUUCAUGAAACUCCCAUCUUCGGCUCAGUUCUCGACUAAUCCAGAAGGUAUGCCUGGCAUCUCUGUGUACAACACAUCUGCGCCACUUAGCGGCAUGGCAAGUAUGGGACACGAAGCCGCCAUGCACUUCGAGGAGUUGCUCGAGCCGGAGCCUGGAGACGUGCUUAUUGUUCAAACUAGGCAUCGCAAGCCACUAAGUGGUGGCUCAACAGUAUUGGGACAAAUACGACAACGUAUACACGAGUUUGCUGUCGCACAAGGCAUUCUUGAGGCGCCUAAGCUGGACUCAUUACUGUGGAUCGUAGAUUUUCCAUUAUUCUCGCCUCUCGAAGACGACUCUCCAGGACAAGGCGGCUCGGCAGGCUUUUGUUCUACACAUCAUCCUUUCACAGCACCCAAGCCUGGACAAGACCUUGCGAAGCUGCUCACCAACCCGCUCGACAUCCUGGGCGAUCACUAUGAUCUUGUAGUCAAUGGAGUGGAAGUCGGAGGCGGAUCACGCCGUAUCCACCAUGCCCGCAUGCAAGAACUGAUAUUCAGUCAAGUUCUCAAGAUGCACCCGGAAAGGAUUGAAGACUUUCGACACCUAUUAAACGUGUUGGAGGCUGGCUGUCCUCCACAUGCGGGUUUCGCAUUAGGCUUCGACAGACUAGUCGCUUUGCUUACGAACACCAGUAGCGUCCGAGACGUUAUCGCUUUUCCAAAGUACCAGCAUGGACGAGAUCUCUUCGUUGGCUCACCCUCGCAACUGAGUCAAGAACAAUUGCGGACAUAUAAUCUGAGCAUCGUGGAUAAGGAAGUCCUCGAUGUUGAGUCUUCGCCGAAAAUCUCCAACAAAGCUUAA